AUGUCGCCACCGACGAACGGUGCCAUCUCGCUCGCCUACGCGCCGUCGUCCAUGAUGCUGGGGGCGGGCGCCCUGACGAACCCGCCGCUCCUCCCCUUCGACGGCUUCACGGACGAGGACUUCCUCGCCGCCGACGCCGCUCUCUUCGGCGGGGCUGGCGGCGCCGACCAGACCCUCCUCCUGCUGCCCUCGUGCCCCGGGACGAACGGCGGCGGCGGCAGCAGUAGCUCCGCCCAGGGUCUCGGAGCAGCCCUGGCGUGUGGUGAGGUCACGACCGCCGUCGCCGCCGGAUCCUUCUCGCUCGCGGGCCAGCCUGCGCCUGGGCAGGUUUCGUGGGAGGUCACGACUGCCGUCGCCGAGGACUGCACCACCAACUUCUCGCCCUCGCCACCGUCCCCGGCGCUGCCGCCCGUGCAAACCACCGCCCAGAGGACCUCCAUCUACCGCGGGGUGACCAGGCACAGGUGGACGGGGCGGUACGAGGCGCACCUGUGGGACAACACGUGCCGGAAGGAAGGCCAGAAGCGCAAGGGGCGCCAAGGUGGCUACGACAAAGAAGAUAAGGCUGCUAGGGCAUACGAUAUUGCUGCUCUGAAGUAUUGGGGUGAUAAUGCUACUACUAACUUCCCUAGAGAGAACUACAUCAGAGAGAUUCAGGAUAUGCAGAACAUGAACAGGCGUGAUGUUGUAGCCUCACUGAGGAGGAAGAGCAGUGGCUUUUCUAGAGGAGCAUCAAUCUACAGAGGAGUAACAAGGCACCACCAACAAGGACGCUGGCAGGCAAGAAUCGGCCGUGUUGCAGGGAACAAGGAUCUGUAUCUUGGGACUUUCGCAACCGAACAAGAGGCUGCAGAGGCGUACGACAUCGCGGCACUGAAGUUCAGGGGCGAGAACGCCGUGACCAACUUCGAGCCCAGCCGGUACAACCUGCUAGCAAUCGCUCAACGAGAAAUCCCCAUCCUGGGGAAGAAGCUGAUUCAGAAGCCAGCUCCGGAGGCUGAAGACCAGGCCGCUCUGAGCACUCCUUCAUUCUCCCAGUCCCAGCAGUCGAGCAACAGCCUGCCACCGUAUUUCCUCACCAACCUCCUGCAGCCGCUGCCGUCUCAGCCCUCGCUAGCUCAGCCUCUGCCGAGCUACAACAACUUCGGGUUCGGGGAGCCCAGCUUCUACCGGCCCUGCCCUGCCCCUGCCCCUGCCCCUGGGGUAACCCAGAGCAGAAGGUGCAGUUUGGCAGCAAGCUGGAAAUCGUCAACGGUCUCAUGCAUCUGGCCAACUCUGCUGCGAACUGACAGUGCUUAUCUGAAAUGCCGGUGUUUUGCGUGGAAACUGCGAGGAGGAACUGACGUUUUGUUUGGGUGGCUUGGGGGCAUGUUCAUGGAACUGAUAGCCUGA